AUGAAUGACGAAACUACCCAUGGAGCAACUACCGGCGGUGCGCCAUCCCCUAAAUCUUCUUGGAAAAAUCUGCCAGUGAAACUUGACGAAGUUAAUUUUCAGUCUUGGCUGGAAAUUAUGCCGUUUUCAGCAUAAAACUGUUCAUGAGGAUCAUUCUAAACUACAAAGUCUCGAAAAGAAAAUGAAGAACAAUAGCGUGGAAAUGAAGAAGGGCCAGACAAAAAAGGAAAAAGAAAAAGAGGAGGCGGCGGCGAAAAAACAGCCGGCUCUUUGGGGUGGAGACAGCAUCGCCACGAACUCUGGAGCCGUGUUAGUUGCUCUUUUUUUGAUUUUUCGUUUUGAACAUUUUUUCAAGAUGAGUUGGAACUUUAGAGCAUUUGAAGUCAGAAAAAAAAAACUUUUUUCGCCUUUCAGUCGAGUAAUAACAUCUUAAAGGCAUAGGGGCAGUAAAAAACGGUGUUUCAGUUCAAAGCAGUACUUGGUAGUUUUUUUCAUUUCUAAUCGAACGGUGAACUUGGAAAAAUACCGAACAUCCUAGUUUUGGAGAAAAAAUAAUCCAAAGUCGGAGAAAGGAAAGCUUGAGUUCCCGCGAAAAGGGCGAUUUGCAGUAAAGUUGCUCUAUGGACAACACGUAUCGCCAUUUUUCGAAUUUUCGCUUUUUUCUUCGUUUCUUUCAAAUUUCAAUUUUUUCUUUUGUCAGCAAAUUUUUUUUCGCCACAAAAACUUUCUACUGAUGUACAAUGAACUGCCAUGAAAGUGAAGAAAAUAAGCGUUCCUUCAACAAAAAAGGUUAACUCAAAUUAACGACUAGGAAUUUUCUGAAAAUUGGCCAGAAAAAUUUUCAGAUCUUUAACUGGAAAGAUGUACCAGUUAAAGAUCUGAAAAGUUUUAACCUGCAAAAUUUCUAAUUUUCGAGAAAAAUGGCUUCAAAGUCGAAGGACACUAUCAAAACACACUUUUUUGGCUAUUUGGUGGCUUUGAGACAAGUUGAAACUUUCGGGAUAUUUUUCUGGUACAUCGAGGAUUGUUCUAGCCAAUUUUAAAAAAAUUCCCAGGCGCAAAUCAAAAUUACCUCCCUUGUCAGGCCCGGAAACUUGACUAAAACGAAAAAGGCUUCAAAAAUAUUUUUUAUUGUCCAAAAGGCCUUGAAAAAACGCUUCUCAAUAAAUUCUCUAUGUAUCAAAGUUACUUGUCAGAUACACCGUGAUUACCAAUCUUGGAGCCGGAGGCUUCGGCGAGGUCUAUCUAGUCGAAGAUGAGAAGAAAAAAGUUUAAAAAAAAACGUUUUCAAAUAAAACUACCUUGGUUCAGAAAUUCGCGAUGAAAACUGAAAAAGUGCCGGAUACGGCGAGUUCAGCCUUAGCUAGGCUUAAAGUGAGUGGAAAAUUUAGAAAAACAUAAGCCUGGGGAAGUUCAGAUGGAGUUGGAAAUAAUGGAAGUUGUGAAGAAAAACGGGAAAAGCGAGCAUUUAUUGCCACUGAUCGACUUUGGCAAAGCAACACAUGAAAAUUUGAAUUUCAAAUUUAUCGUUAUGGAUUUAUUAUCACCGGAUAUUGACUCGAUUCGUCGUCAGCAGCAUCAAGAAACCUUCACGUCUGUUUGAAAAUUAUUAUUUUCAGGAAAAAAGAAGAAAAUUUGAUAUAGCUGAUUCACGGCUGGCUGGAGCCAUCGAAAAAAGGGUCCUGACACGAUAAUGCACAAAAUAGUGCUUGGAUCGUGGAGAGUGCAGAGAGACUACGCUAGCCGUGAAUCAGCUAUAAGGCUGCAGUUUCUAUAUAAUUUUGGAAUAGUUAUAAAGUUUCUUUAAACUUAGGAAAGCCGGAGUGGUCCCUAUAGUUAGGGACCACAGACCUAUUUUUUUCGAACUCAAGCUAGCUCCUCGUUUUUUUGUUAUAAAAAAAUAAUGAUUUUAACAUGUAGUAUGCGAAAACAGAAAAAGAAAAAAACGAAAAAAAUAUUAAGAAUAAGAGGAGAAAAACAAUAUUUAAAAGUAAUUGAAAAGCAAAAAUUUUUGCACUGAAAUUUUGAUUUUGCGAAUUCUCAUGCAAUCUGCGCGCACCCUCAUUUGCAAAGUCGGCACGGUUUCAGGAGGCAAAAGAGAAGGUUUUACGAGCUGUAAUUCCACUCUACCAUGAUUUUCGUCUCAGUGACUGCUCAAAUACAGCCUACAGUGCUCUUUGAAUCCCAUAAAAAUGUAAUUUCGCCUACUUUUUAUUCACCUUUUUUGUUGAGAAAAUUUUUUCGGCGAUCUUGAAUUUCCGAUUUUAUUGCUAUAUUUGUUUGAAAAAUUAAAAAAACUCUUAUAAAUGAGUAAGAAAAAACGCGUGUCUUCGACCGGGAAACGUUUCAAAAUUACUCUAAAAAAAUUCUCCACCUUUUUUACCACUCAAAACAGUACAUUUGCUUGUAGUUGUCAACAAGUAUUAUUUGAGCAUUGUUUUUCUCAAUAUGAAAAAAGCAUAAACAUCUUCCAAUAUUGCAUUGCAAUUGAGAAAACAAUUUUUGACUUUGCGCGCCUCUCAAUUUUUUCGGCGAGCAUAGAAUUUUUAUUUUUUUGGCUUAAAAAAUUGCAUUUACUGUUUAUAAGUAGUUUUCAAAAAAUCAACUUUGUCCGCGACCUACAUGAAUAUCAAAACACAAAACUCAGUUUAUUUUUCGAACUCGCCUCACUAUUCCGUACGACACUCCGUUGAAACACAUGGAAAGUACCUGAAAACCUUUUAAACGGAAAGAGGAACCUUUUCUACAUGUAUGCUGAAAUUUUUAUCAUUUUUCAUUGUUUCUAUCGGCUGUACGAAACAAUCAAAGACGGAAUACCAAAAAAAUGGCCUUUUUUCCCUCGCGAAAAGGGGCGGGGCUUUGCGGUCGCUACCUAUAGGGGUUCGUGUGAAAAAGCCCCUAUAGGGAUGGGUAUAGUGGCCCCUAGAGGGGAAUCUUCAAGGCGCCCUAAAGUUGCCCUUACAAGGACCAUUCUGGCGUUCCCAAGGAACGUUUUUCUAUCUUCAAAAGGCCGAAACGCAACGCAACCGCGACGCUUUUAUCCAUUCCAUCAUCUUUGAUCCAGCGCCCCUUUCCAGAGCCUACACGGCCUUCAACAUCUUCAUACAGGCUUGCCGAGCAGUUCAAGAACUCAAUGCUCUCGGUUAUAUACACAGGUAAAAUCAUAAUUGAAAAAACUUUGAAAAAAAUAAUUUUUCAGGGAUCUGAAACUGCAGAACUUUGCUUUCGGAGUCGGAGACAAGGCGAAAAACGUUUUUCUGUUUGAUUUUGGAAUCGCCAGGAAGUUUCGCGAUGGGAAGCAUAUCAUGUAGGAAAAAUUUUCGGCUCAAAAAAUCUUACUGGGAUUUUAAAAAGGCUUGAAAAGAAAGUUGAAGAGGAUUUUUUCAUAGUUUUUCGAAAAACUCUACUUGUCCCUUAAGAGGUUCCUCAAGGGCUACUUGGAGAGGACGCUAAAGUGGCCACUAAAACCAUCUCUAUAGAAGUCACUAUUUUUCGUUUUAGUGACCACUUUAGUAGUUUUCAGUGCUCUGAUAGUAUCACUUAGACUUCUAAAGAUGCGAUUAAAUUUGAGCCACUUUGUCCGCCACUCAUUUGACCACUAGAGUGACCACUAAAACGCUGGCCACUGAAAGUUUUUCUGAUUUUGAGAGUCAAGUCGUCGCUCAAGCUCCGCCCCAAACUAGGCGAUAAACCAAUCAGAGAACGAGCCCUCCACAUAGCGUUUUCUAAUGACGUCAUUGUACUUGACGUUCAAAAUCUGAAAAGACAGUAGAAUUUUUUUCUGCAUCUCUCCAAGGCUCAAUAUUUAUUAUAUAAAUACAAUUUUGUUACAAAACUGGAUCUAUAACGAUAAUUUCAAGCCCCCAACGUCAUCGCGUACCCUUUCUUGGAACGAAGCUGUUCUGUUCGAGGGCGGCCCUUCUCGGAUUCGAAAGAUCUGCCCGUGACGAGGCCGAGAGCAUGUAAAAAGAUUGAGAAAUUCCUGAAAACGAAGUGAAAUUCAAGGAUUUACGUGGCCCUCAACUUGUUCUGUCCCCACGAAAUGCCGUGGUUCAUGACGGCCUGGAUGCCGAUGUCGUCGGCCGACAAGCUCAUUGAGAUCGCCAGGGAGAUGGACAAGCUCUUCAAUCACUGUCAGCGUGAGUUUUAUCAAAAAAAAAAAGAAGAAAAAGAAAAACAUGGUACUGAAAAAGCCACGAUAUGUUUUGAAGUCCUUUAGGGUGUCUGGGAAAACUUUUAGUGGCCACUAUAGAGGCUCGCCAAGGACUCUUUGGAGAGGACGCUAAAGUGGCCACUCAACCCACCUCUAUAGUGGCCAUUAUUUUCCGUUUUAGUGGCCACUAUAGAGGUUCUCCAUUUAGUGGCCACUUCAGUAGUUUUUAUGCAGUAUUCCUUCCAGUAACUCUGAUAAUUUUAAAACAAGCAGAUUGGACCAGUUAUGUUGAUCCAUUGACCCCUAAAGUAGCCAUUAAAAUUUUUGGUGGUCUAGUAGUAGCACUUUGACCUCUAUAGCGGCCACUAUUUUUUAACCCCUUAAGUGGCCACUAAUUUGACUAUUAUAGUGGCCACUAAAACGCCGAAACCCCAUAGUGUCCACUAAAAAUUUUUCUAAAAUCUCUAGGAUCUCUAACUAGUAAGUCAAAAGAUUCUUUUUAACAAUGAUUUGAGUAGGGGGCGCAAAGCCCCGCCCCUUCACGCCACCAAAAUGACGAUUUUUUUGUUGCAGAAACGGUUUUGAGGCGUUUAUACUAGCUAAAGUCCCACUUUAAAAAUGAACUGUUACUGUUAUUUUAUGUAAUCGACAACGCUCUACAAGACUGAAUAUUUUUUUAAAACUAUGUAUUUUUUUCAAAAAAAUAAGCGAAAAAAAGUAAGAUUUAACUCGAAAAAAACUGACAAGUUUCACAAAAUCGUCGCGUUUCAGAAAACCAAGUGAGGAACGCUUCUAAAUUUUUAGUAUGUUAUACAUUAACACUUUCUUUAUUUUUUGAGUGAAAAUUUAAAAAAAUCUAACGACGCGAAAAAAAAAUCGAAGCUUGUAAAGUGACACCAAACUUUGAAGCUAAAAUGCGAAAAAAUUUCAGCGACAUGGUAUACUUUUUAUUUGAUUUAAAAACUCACAAUGUGUUCAAAAAUAAAAAUUCAGAAUGAAAAUAAUUAUUGGGACAGUGAAUCAAAUUAUAUUUGGAUUUUACCAAAACCUCCUUUUUUCGCCUGCCUCGUUGACGCAUGAGAGAAUAGGAUCGCGUCUAUACUUUUGAUCAGGUUAUUAAGCGUUCAAAACUCUAUCAAUGAAAAAAUUAUGAAAAAAAUCUAACGACGCGAAAAAAAUAACGGCUUGGAAAACCUCGAAAAAACGGCCUUUUUUUGAAAUUUCGGAAGACUUCGUGCAAGUGUCCGUAGCAGUGUUUGCGUCAAACACACCGAUGCGCCAUUUUAAAUGUUGCAGGAGCCGUUUUUCGGAGUCAAAUUGCACAUUUUCCUGUUUUAUUUCGAAAUAACAUUAUUUUUCAUUUUUUCUUCUUUCCAAAUCGAAUGAUUAUAACUUUUCUGAUUAGAAAAAAGGAAAAUAAGCUGAAAAUUCCUUCUGACCUUUUUUCUAAGUAGUUUUUUGAUAUUUUAUCAAAAAUUCUUAUGAGAGUUAUACAAAAGAAUUAUACCAAAAAAUUGAGCUCAGUUCGGACAACCUCUCAGAACAGAAAACCAAUUCGAAAACGGUUCAGAAACGCGCAAAAACAAUUAAAAAGAAAGCGUGCGGCAGCGGGUAAACCGUGAGAUUUUGCCUCCAGUUGUACGCCGCGCGCGCUCGUUUUUUGGCCAUAACUUUUUUCUUAGUGGAGCUUUUUUCAAAAACUAAACGGAUUAUGAAAAUGGACAGUCUCCUCUAUCGAACAAUGUGAGAAACAUAUUUUUUGAAUCGUUCUGAAGAAAUGGCUUGCGGACCCUAGAUUUGAGGUCACAAAAUAAAGUAAUCUCAAGAAAAAAUCUCCGAGUUUUGAGCAAAAAGUAUUUUUUUUAAAGCAGCUACACAUAGGCGCGACAAUUUUAUGAAGAAGAGCAAAAAUCACAAAAAAAAAAUGAUAAAAAAGAAGCUUAUCAAUAAAAGUAAAAGAGACAUGAUAAGGUUAAGCAUUCAUCCCAGGUCAAAGGUUGAUCAAAAAUUAUUUGUGACGAAGUGAGUCUAAUUUUUGUUUUGUCUGUUUUUUUCUCAGUCCAUAAGAUGAAUGUUAAAGAACUUGAAAUGUUUCAUUCAAUGUACACUAAAAUUUGAAGCGAUAUCGCGCCAAGGGGCAGGCGAUAUUGCCAGACUCUCGCAUUCCCAUGUUGCCUGCUGAUUUUGAAGCUAAAAAAAUUUUUUUCCAGUACCAACCGACAAAAAGAAGAGAUUCACCUGGCUCUACACCAUCAUGGGCUACGUAGACAGUCUCAAUUUCGAUUCAUAUGUCGACUGGAACUACAUCAUCAAAAUCGUGCGACUCCAUUGCAAGCUCUUCCAGAUUGACGUGAGAUUCUCUUUUAUUUUUUUCUUGUCCAUUUCCUUUUGAAUCAGGUCGGAGAGCUCUACUACAAGCUCAAGGAUGGUACUGAAGUCGGGAAACUUCUGGAGGGCGCCCCAAGGCCAGAAAAGUCGGCGGAGAUGCCCAAAAGCACGGAGAAGAAAAGCAAGGGUAUAAAAAAUUAAUUGUAUGUAUAGAGAGAGAUUAACAUUCAUUUUCCAGAAGAGGCGUCUAGGGUCAAAUCGAAAGAAGAAAAAACGGGAGUGGCAAAGCAAAGCGGGGAGAAGACGAAUGUAGAAAAAACCCAAGAGGAGACAGAUGUUAAUAAGCAACCCGAACAGCAACCCGUACGGUCCUGUCGUCUCAUGAUGCCUUGA